CUGCCACUCAUUUGGACAGGACUGCUUCUUGAUUUUUAUACAGAUACGUUGAUCUAGUCUUAUAUACCAUGGCGUGUCUUGCUGCCACUCUUGGUCUCGUCCUUUUUUCAGGAAUCAUGGAUCUCUCAGCAGCAAACAAAGACCCUUGUGAUUUGUAUGCCUUAGUUGGACAGAAUCUAACUCUGCCGUUUGUCUUUGAGGGACUUGGGGUACAUGAGCUGAGAUGGACUCAUAAUACAAAGAUCAUUUUCCACGGACAGCAGAGCAGAGUGUCUCAUGGAAAAGCAGAGGACAUCUCUAAAACCGGAUCUCUUUUCCUGAAGAACCUACAAUUCUCAAGUGCAGGGAUCUACCGAGCAGAUGUUGUGAAUCCCAAUCGUACUCUGGCUAAAACAUGGCAUGGCAGUCUCUGUGUGAUGGACAAGGUAUCGAAACCUCAACUCACUUACAUUUGUGAUAAGUCAAGUGCUGUUAUUCUAAAUUGCAAUGUAGCAAAUCCCCAGGGUUUGACGUUUUCAUGGACUGUCUUCAUGGAUGAUAAGACUUUAAGCGAAACUAAACAAACCCUGAGCAUAUCAUUGGCACAGCAGAAAGUUGUGCGGAGCUUUACAUGUAGUGUGGCAAACAAAGUCAGCGAGGAGAAGAGUGACACUGUCCGUCCAUACUGUGAAAGUCCACCACCGCCAUCUUUGUUCGGUUUGAAAUCCCAAAUCCUUGUUUUAGCAGUGCUGGCAGGAGGGCCAGGUCUGAUUCUGCUUUUGCUCGUCAUAAUCAUCACAUUAUGUUGUCGCUACAGACGCAUCAAAACACAAAUGAGACGCAGGGAUCAAGAGGGGCUUAGGAUGCCUUCUCUAAACAAACUAGAGUCUAACUUCAGCUCAGUUUAUGAGACAAUGCACCAAACUGAGGACGCUCCAACCGUGAGUCAAACUUCUUUACCCAAAUACUGUUGUGAGAAUGUUACACAACCUGAAGCUCGGACUGAAAACAAGCCAGCACAGCUGUCCGCAGAUGCUGAAGGACAAAAACCUUCCCCUGUGCCGAAGCCGAGGACGAAGGGCCCCAAGGCACCAAACAUCUGAAUGUGCCAUCCCAGGAUCUAAGACAUAUAAAGGCUUAUUUUUUUACCUUCAUAAUGUACAACUGAAUCCAAAUUAAAUUGCCUUUGUUACUUGUAUACUUACAUGGAUGGUGUAAAUAGAUUUUAGAAGUAUGUGUGUCUAAGGACAAUUAGCUUAAUCAUGAUAUGCUGUGGACCUGCAGAGUAGAGUUUGAAGCAGCAACAUCUUCUUUUUCGCUGCAACUUCAAAAUUGAUAUCAUGGCUCAUAUAUGUGGAAUUGUCCUCAUUAAUGUUUUUAAUUCAGCCAAUAUAGUGGUGGGGGUUCAAAGUCGGUGCAAACGAGGUGUUGUCUGAUCACAAGUACAUAUGAGACAGGAAACUGCGGAGGAAUUUCAAUAUUGAUGUAUUGUUUAUAAUUUGUUAAGGUUACUGAUGGUCUUAUCUGCUUCUUUUCUUCUUUAACUGUAAAGCCAAUGUUCUUCUGUGUCAUGAAUAAAGACAUUUCCAGACGUUGUGGAAAAAAUCUG